CUACGGACGCUACAAUUUAUUUCGAUAAUUUGAAAAACCAAUUUUUGGAUUAUUAGUAUCCAUCUCUUCACCAAUUUCCGUGGCAAUCGGUGCAGAAACGGCGCAGAACGAGCCAGGACGGUCACCGGACAGACAUGACGAAACUAUAUAAGGUUUACUAGUAGACUACGGAACCCUAAAAAGAUGUCUAAUACCGGUAUUAAUACCGAAAUCCCGGUAUUGAAUCGUAAUACCGGAACUCAAUACAUCGAUGAGACACGUAUAUCGAUGAAUCCUCAUUGCUUCGCCGUAGUUGAGUUAAAGCUAGUUAAUUGAAAUAAAAUUGAGUUGGCCAUGGCCAUUAUUUUUGAGACUGCAUGAAAGUGAUGGUUUUCAGAAUGAAGAUACUAAUUGUGACUGUGCUAUUUUACUAUGGGAGCUGUGAGGACUCGGUGACUGUGAGGGAGCCCCCCGCGCCCCCCGCGCCCCCCGCCAACAGGAUCUACGGGGGACACCCCACCACCGUCAAUACAUACCCUUACAUGGCGUUUGUAAAAUUAACGGAUUAUCGGAGAUUUAAGAGGAAACAAGCAGACCAUCUGGGGUCGCUUGACCCUGGCCAGCCUGAUGGACCCAGUGACGCCCAAGGGAACUCCGCGAGGAAGGCUUUCCUAACUAAGGCUCCCCGCACCGCACCUCCCACGACUCCAAGGAACACUCAGACAUUGAUCAAGAACGAUUGCGGGGGCGUGAUACUCACACAGCACCACGUGCUCACCGCUGCGCACUGCUUAUUCCAUAUAAUCCAUUACCUAUCAGUUUUUGGUGGCACUAUUAUCUUGAGAGCAUCUUUAGUUACCAUUCGCAUCGGAUCCACCUACUAUGACCGCGGAGGCUCAGAAUAUGUGACGUCCAAGACCGUGGUCCACGAGGACUUCAAUUAUUCGAAGAGUAAAGACAACGACGUGGCAGUGUUGGUGCUGCCGACCAGUAUAAGCAACUACCGGAGCAGCUCGGUGCAGCCAGCCGUCAUCCCCCCGGGGGGGUAUGUGGUCCCGGACAACGCGUCUGUGGUAGUUGUCGGGUGGGGACUGGCUGAUAUGGGCAGCAAGUCACACCCCCGCGGCCUGCGGCACGUGGGGCUGCGCACGGUGGACCGAGACACCUGCGGCGCGCGGUGGAGGCAGGUGGUCCCAGAACUCCCCGACUCCAUGCUCUGCGCGGGGCUGCUUGGUGUUGGAGGAGCCGGUCCUUGCGACGGUGACUCUGGUGGUCCCCUGGUGUACAACGGGGUGGUGGUGGGGGUGACCUCAUUUAGUAGGAGAUGCGACGAUCCCUUCUACCCUCACGUGUUCACGCGCGUCGCUAGCUACACCGCCUGGAUCAACAAUAUUGUACGCCAAAACAGGGUCCAGCCCAAGCGCAGCCCCAACUCCGCCGCGGCAGCCCACGUCGACUUCGGUCUGAUGCUACUCGCCUCAGUAUGGAUAAUAUAUUCAAAAAACUGAUAUGUAAAUAUAUAUUUAUUAAGGACGCA